ACCUUACUCUAACUUUUCCUUCUUCAAUUUUAAGAGUGAGUACCUUUGUGCUUUUUUGGAAUUAAGAAACUGUAGGAAAAGUGUUUUGCUACAGGGAAGAAGGUGAAGUGGAAGAAUGUGGCCCUGGUCCCUGACAUGGUGAAGAAGCAGGAGGCCAAGAAGGUGGUCAAUCCCCUGUUCGAGAAAAGGCCUAAGAACUUUGGCAUCCAACAGGACAUCCAGCCCAAGAGGGACCUCACCCACUUUGUCAAGUGGCCAAGCUACAUCCGGCUGCAGCGGCAGAGGGCCAUCCUGUAUAAACGUCUCAAAGUGCCUCCUGCCAUUAACCAGUCCACCCAGGCCUUGGACCACCAAACAGUUAUGCAACUGCUUAAGCUGGCCUACAAGUACAGACCAGAGACAAGGCAAGAGAAGAAGCAGAAGCUGCUGGCCCUGGAGAAGAAGAAAGCUGCGGGCAAAGGGUGUGUCCCCACUAAGAGGCCACCUGUCCUUUGAGCUGGGGCUAACAGUGUCACCACCUUGGUGGAAAACAAGAAGGCUCAGCUGGUAGUGAUAGCCCAUGAUGUGAAUUCCAUUGAGCUGGUUGUCUUCCUGCCUACCCUGUGUCAUAAGAUGGGGGUUCCCUACUGCAUUAUCAAGGGGAAGGCCAGGCUGGGGCGUCAGGUCCACAGGAAGACCUGCACCACUGUUGCCUUCACACAGGUUAACUCGGAAGACAAGAGAGCUCUGGCUAAGCUGGUAGAAACCAUCAGGACCAAUUAUAAUGACAGAUACGAUGAGAUCCACCGCCACUGGGGAGGCAACGUCCUGGGUCCCAAGUCAGUGGCUCCCAUCGCCAAGCUGGAAAAAGCAAAGGCUCAAGAACUAGCUACCAAGCUGGGCUACAUGGAUGCUGUUGAAUUUUCUGUAUGUAAAAAUGACCCCGUAUUCCCAAGAAGAAAGCAUUUGAUUCAGAACACGGCCAACUACCCUCAGGGAAACAUCGUGGUGAGCUGUCAUCCUGAGGGCAAUGCACCUAUAGUGGACCAUGUUACUCUGAAGAUGAUGAUGUGUUAA